AUGAGAGAGACCAGUUGCACGCAAUCACUCUUCAUCGAGAAGCGAGAGGACCAGUUACAGGGCAGGUACGAGGCCCUCAGUCUGAACAAUGAGAGAGACCGGUUGCAACGCAAUCACUCUUCAUUGAGAAGCGAGAAGGACCAGUUACAGGGCAGGUACGAGGCCCUCGUUGGAGACAAAGACCAGUUACAGACUCGUUACGAUUCCCUUCUUAAAGAGCAUGCACGCCUUCAAACCAGUAAAACCACGGUGGCUGCUGAAAGGGAUGAGUUCAAGUCCCGCCUACAGAGUCUGAACAAUGAGAGAGACCAGUUGCAACGCAAUCACUCUUCAUCGAGAAGCGAGAAGGACCAGUUACAGGGCAGGUACGAGGCCCUCGUCGGAGAAAAAAAACAACUACAGACUCGUUACGAUUCCCUUCUUAAAGAGCAUGCACGCCUUCAAACCAGUAAAACCACGGUGGCUGCUGAAAGGGAUGAGUUCAAGUCCCGCCUACAGAGUCUGAACAAUGAGAGAGACCAGUUGCAACGCAAUCACUCUUCAUUGAGAAGCGAGAGGGACCAGUUACAGGGCAGGUACGAGGCCCUCGUCGGAGACAAAGACCAGUUACUGACGAGGUUCGAUUCCCUCAAGAAAGAAAAAGAAAGCCUUCAAACUAGUCAAACGACUGUGGCUGCUGAGUUCAAGUCCUGCUUCAACAGUCUGAAAAAUGAGAAAGACCACUUCCAGCGUAAUUACUCUUCUCUGAGAACCGAGAAAGACCAGUUACAGGCCCGUUAUGAGUCCCUCGUCAAAGACAAAGAUGUAUUACGGAAGAGCUACGAUUCCCUCAUUCAAGAGAAACAACUUCUGCUCGCGAGCAAAACCAGUGUUGCUGCCGAAAGAGAUCAGUUCAAGUCCCGCUUCAACAAUCUGAAAGAUGAGAAAGACCAAUUGCAACGAGACUGCGCUUCACUGAGGAAUGACAAAAACCUGCUACAGGUCCGUUACAGCUCCCUCGCUAAAGAGAAAGAACACCUUCAAACCAGUAAAACCACCUUGUCCGCUGAAAGAGAUCAGUUUAGGUCCCGCUUUAACAGCCUGAAAAAUGAGGCUGACCAGCUACAACGCAAUUAUUCUUUGCUGCGAAACCACAAAGACCAGUUACAGACCAGUUUUGAGUCCCUCGUGAAGGAGAAAGGGCAGUUACAGACCAGCUAUGAGUCUCUCUCGAAAGAAAAGCAGCUUCUCCUUGCCAGUAAAACCACUUUGUCGACUGAAAGAGAUGACUUCAGGUCCCGCCUUAACAACUUGCAAAGUGAGAAAGACCAGUUAGAACGCAAUCAUUCUGCACUGAGAAGAGACAAGGACCAGUUACAGGCCCGUUACAAUUCCCUUGAUCAAGAGAAAAAACUUCUACUUGCAAGUAAAACCACUUUGUCAAACGAAAGGGAUGAGUUGCGGUCCCGCUUCGACAGUCUGAAAAAUGAGAAAGAUCAGCUACAACAGAGUUUUUCUUCGCUGAGAAGCCAGAAAGACCACCUGCAGACCCGCUACACCUCACUCGUUCAAGAGAAAGAGGCACUUCGAACCAAUAACAGUCACGUGGCUGCUGAGAGAGAUGUCUUGAAGUCCCUCUGCAAUGACAUUAAAGAUGACAGAGAGCAUUUACAGAACAAUUACACUUUGCUGGAGGCUGAGCGAGACCAGCUGGAAAAAAAUAACAAAGCGCUGAACAUCAGUGAAAGGACGUGUCAGACCAGGUCCUCGCUGCUGCAAAGUCAAAAGAAGCAUAUUCAAAAGAACUGGGAGACUCUGCAAGUUGAAUACGAGCAGCUACGCAGAAACCAAAGCAGCCUUGAGGCACAAAGGUACGAGCUGCAGAAGAACGUGGACAAGAUGACCUCCAAGAUGAGCUACAUGAUCUGUGGGGUCGGAUGGAGCGGGUACGACGGCAACUGCUACCUGUUGUCGAGCUCGAGUAAGACCUGGGUGGACAGCAGACAAGACUGCAUCAGCCAGGGAGGCGAUCUGGUGAUCAUAAACAGCAAGGAGGAAGCGGUUUUCCUUAAUGGUUUAUUGGGGCCCAGCCAGCGUGUGUGGAUUGGUCUGAGCGACCUGACCGAGGAAGGAACGUGGAUUUGGGUGGACGGGACCCCUCUCACCAUCGCGUCGUUCUGGCAGAAGGGUCAGCCCAACAAUUUCCGGAACCAGGACUGCGUCGAGAUCCAGAGCAAACCCACUGUCGCGUUUGGAUCUAUGAAUGACGCCAACUGCUUCCUAAGACAACGCUGGAUUUGUGAGAUUUAAAGACAACACGUACCUGCAGAUACAGUACACGUACUUGUGUUCAAUACCUACAGAAGAAAUGGAAAAUGCUGAAACAUGAUCAUACCUUUAAUUAUUCCAAUUUUAACCGUUUUUUUCAUGCGAAAAUGAGAUUGAUUUGGCAAAAUCACCCUUAUACACGCUUUCCGUGGUUGUUAUUGUUGCCUUAUAUGCAAACCGCACUCUGUUCACUGUGCGUGUGAAUAAAAUAAUACAACAAAGUU